AUGGGUGCUGGCGACAGUGGCAAGGGCGGCAGGAGCUCCAGGCCGCCGUCCCGCGCGCCAUCGAGACCUCGGUCGGAAGGAGGCGAGUUCUGGCGGUGCUCGCAGGCCGACUGUCGUUGUGCCAAGAACCAGGCUCAUUGGCGCUGGUGCAAGCAUUGCGGCAAGGAGCGCAACGGGGGCGAGUCCAAGCCGCCGUGGGCGCGUGAUACGCCUCGUGGGGGUGCUGGCAGGCCUGCUGGUGCUGCUGGCUCGUCCGUCCCAGAUCUCGGAGUGGACGCCAUGCAGGCGCUCGUGGUGUUCGCUGAGCAGAAGGGGGACAAGCAGAUGGCCGAGAAGUACCGAGAAGCCAUCCGCAUCAAGUCUCAGCCUGAGGCGCCCACGGCCCUGUCAAAGGACGAGUUGCGCUCGAUGGUCACCAUGGCUGAAAGAUCUGGUGACAAAGCGACGGCGGCGAAGUACAAACAGUUGUUGGAGCAGGCUGACAAGGGCUCGGAGGACAAGAAGCCCGCGCAGCUCAGGGCCAACAAGGCACAUGCUCGGGUUCGCAAGACGAAGGGAAAGCUCGAGGCCGAGAACGCGGUGCUGGCGAACCUGCUGGGACAGGUGGAGACGCAGAAGGCUCUGGUCUCCGAGCUGGUGUCGGAGCUGGAUUCGGCCGAGAGCGAGUACAGGGUCGCUGUGGCAGAAGUGGCCGCGGGGGUUAGCGGUCAGGCCCCUGCGAAAGUGGAACCAAUCAAGCUCUCGCUGGCCAAGCUCAUGGACGGCGAGCUGGACGAUAUCGACCUGGAGGACGACGGGCUCUUCGGCUACACAGAGUUCGAGGAGCUCGGCUCGGCGGCCUUGGAGGAGGCAAAGUCCAGGAAGAAGCAGAUGCUGGAGUCUUUCAAGCAGAUGGCGGGCGCAUUCUUCGGAGAGGUGCGCCAGAAGGGCCAGGCGCUGCAGGCCGAGCACAAGGUCAUGCAGGAGCGGCUCGCGGCCAAGAAGCGGCGCACUGCAGAGGGAGACGCUGCUGACAGCGACGGGGACGGCAUCACGGGGGCGCAGGCUCCUGAGGCGCCUCCUGAACAGCCUGAAGUCGCUGAGCCUGCAGGGCCUGCACGCGCUGAGGGUGACUCGGAGAAGCUCAAGGCCAACGCUCGCGCAGCCGUGGCAGCGGCGACCGAGGUGGCGAGCGGCGGCAAGGCAGAGGCUACCAAGCAUUGUGGGUCGUUCGGUUACUCGGUCGAGUGCUGCGCCUGGGUGUCCGUUCACUUCGAGUUCGGCUACGACGUGUGGGACCUCGGGGUCGGUUUCGGCGGCUUCGGUAGCGCCUCCGUCGCUGGCAUGCGGUUCGUCUACUGA